UUAAAAUGCCUGUCACCUAGUAGAUUCCGGACAGAGGGCAGUCUUUAAGACCCAGCGACUGUAUUUGUCUGGCGAGGAAACGUUGCUUUUUGACAGAUGAGAGAAAUCCCCUUAGUGCUGGCUGUGGAAGGGAGAAGUGAAGUCAGUCACCUGGUGGUGAAGGCCAGUAAAACAGCAAAGCAGGAGGAAAAUUGCGGUCUCCCUCUCUUCAUUUCGCUCUUUUCUCUCUGUGGGAGCCACCUCCUAUUCUCUCAACUCUUUUAGCAUAACCUUCAAAGGAGAACGGUCCCUUCAGACUUUAUUACCGUCUUUUCCCCACUGAGAGAAUACCUCUUAGCUACAAGACAUUUUUUAAGUCUAUGCAGGACUUCGGGGAUCCAGUUAUCUUGCCAGGGAAAUUGAUGAUUGCUAAUGUCUGAGACUCACAGCAUGCUAAAUUAGCUACCAGAGUAUGCCUGACGGAGGAAGGCUUUUAUCACAUACUCUUCUCUCCAGUUUGAACACAUUUGCUUGAAUUUUGCCGCAUGAUGCUGUCCAGGGAAGCAGCUUUUUUUCUUGGGAUGCAGCAACUCGCUGGUUUCUAAGCUUAUUGCAGAAGAAAAAAAUAAUCUGAAAUUGAGUGGAUUUUUCCCCCUCCUCUGUUUGAUUCGACUGAGCUGUGUCGCACGGCGGUAAAGAUCAACUGUCCCUAAAUUUUUGAAGAAGUAAAACAAAGUGAAUUAUCAUUAAUAUUUAUUUAUUUGUAUUAUUUUUAACCGGUGGAGGCGGCGAGACCACGGAGGAUGAGACUGAGAGAAGCUACCAGGGCUUGGAGGAGGAUAAAGCUGAGUUUCAGCUGGAAACUAAAAGACUAGAUCGGUUCGGGGAGCAACUUGGCCAGUUCCUCUCCACUUCCUUUAGUUUCGCUCCAUGGACAGAUCCACGGACCUGGACAUCCAGGAGCUCAAGAUGACUCGAGAACAAUACAUACUAGCCACACAGCAGAACAACCUGCCGAGACCUGAAAACGCACAACUCUACCCCGUGGGGAUUUACGGAUGGCGCAAGAGGUGCUUAUACUUCUUUGUCCUUCUGCUGUUGGUUACCAUGAUAGUUAACUUAGCCAUGACAAUAUGGAUAUUGAAGGUUAUGAAUUUCACUGUGGAUGGUAUGGGGAAUCUGAGAGUCACCAAGAAGGGAAUCCGACUUGAAGGUAUAUCUGAGUUUCUACUACCAUUGUAUGUGAAAGAAAUUCAUUCCCGAAAGGACAGUCCAUUGGUCUUACAGUCUGACAGAAAUGUAACAGUGAAUGCAAGGAACCACAUGGGGCAGCUCACUGGACAGCUGACAGUCGGAGCUGAGGCUGUUGAGGCACAGUGCAAAAGAUUUGAAGUGAGAGCAAGUGAAGAUGGCAGGGUGCUGUUUUCUGCAGAUGAAGAUGAGAUCACUAUUGGGGCUGAGAAGCUAAAGGUUACAGGAACUGAAGGAGCAGUAUUUGGACACUCUGUGGAAACACCUCACAUCAGAGCAGAGCCAUCUCAAGACCUCAGGCUUGAAUCACCAACUAGAUCCUUGAAAAUGGAGGCUCCACGUGGAGUCCAGGUGAGCGCAGCUGCAGGUGACUUCAAGGCUACCUGUAGGAAGGAGCUACACUUACAGUCCACAGAAGGGGAGAUAUUUUUAAAUGCAGAUUCAAUCCGGCUGGGAAAUCUACCAAUCGGUUCCUUCUCUUCUUCAACCAGCUCCUCAAAUUCUCGACAGACAGUGUAUGAACUGUGCGUCUGCCCCAAUGGCAAACUCUACCUGUCUCCAGCUGGGGUAGGCUCCACCUGUCAGUCCAGUAGUAGCAUUUGCUUGUGGAACUGAAGCGACUGAUUUCUCCUCACACCAGAAUAGCCUUUUGUUCCCGUCCGUCUGCUUCACGGAUUUGCUCGGUUUCCCCUGUGAUCAGUGCAGAGCGUCUUCAGAUGGACCACAGAGCAAACUGUUCCAGUAUCCGCCAGGAUUGGCCUUCACCUUUCCUGAUUCACCAUACUAAACACACUUAGUGGGACUGACUCGGCCGUGGGAAAAACAUCUUCAGCAGAAAACCUGGAUCGCGACCUUUGCUCGAAAGGGAGAAUAAUUUAGGUGCCUUUGCUACGUGGAGUGAAGCACACACAGUUUUAGAUUUUUGCAGAACCUGGCUGCGAACUGCGCACGAACACAUUACCCAGACAAAAUUCCCAAAUCCACUGGUGACAUGAAACGCUUAACCCCGUCAGAAGACUGAUUCUGCAGUCCGAAAGCACAAUUUUCCAUUCAUCUUUUUUGGACGUAAACUUUUAUCCCCGAAUUUUAAAAUUUUGAAGCAUUAUGUAAUGCUUGCUUUACUAAAAAAUUAAAUUCAAUACGUGAUUUUUAACUAAAUGAAAUGACGAGACAGAAUCUCUCCCUGA